CGCUGGCCUCCCGCGGCGGCGCGGCCUCCUCUCCUGGGCGGAGCCGCCUUUCGCUGUUCGCCGCCGUUGGGGCCGCGUGUGCGGCGGCCUGCGGGGUUCCGGGGGCGGGCGCGGGGCGGCGGGGCGCCGCCGGGCGGGCGAUGGCCGCGCGGGAGAGCGGCGGCGGGCGCUGGUGGGGGCGGCCCCGCGGCGCCGCUGGACCGGGAAUGUGAGAAAUUUGUAACUUCCUAGAAACCAGGGAGCCGAGAAGUGGUUGAUCGGGGUGGAGAUUACAUGAUGGAAUUCACAUUUUCUCAAGAAAAGCUGCGUAUCUUGGAUCAGUACCACUGAAGAUACCUUCUGAUUGCAACACCCGAAGCAGGGUCCUGUAACAAAUUGGUCAAAAGAACACAUACAAUGGAUCUCAAAGAAAGCUGCCCAAGUGUUAGCAUUCCGAGCUCUGAUGAACACAGAGAGAAGAAAAAAAGAUUUACUGUUUACAAAGUAUUGGUCUCAGUUGGCAGAAAUGAAUGGUUUGUCUUCAGACGGUAUGCAGAGUUUGAUAAACUCUACAAUACGCUAAAGAAGCAAUUUCCCACCAUGAACUUGAAGAUUCCAGCUAAGAGAAUAUUUGGAGAUAAUUUUGAUCCUGAUUUCAUUAAACAGAGAAGAGCAGGACUGAAUGAAUUCAUUCAAAAUUUAGUUAGACAGCCAGAGUUAUGCAAUCACCCAGAUGUCAGAUCAUUUCUUCAGAUGGAUAACCCAAAACACCAGUCAGAUCCAUCUGAAGAUGAAGAUGAAAGAAGCAGUCGAAAGUUAAACUCUACCUCACAGAAUAUCAACUUGGGACCAUCUGGAAAUCCUCAUGCUAAACCAACAGACUUUGAUUUCCUGAAAGUUAUUGGGAAAGGCAGCUUUGGCAAGGUUCUUCUUGCAAAGCGAAAACUGGAUGGGAAAUACUAUGCUGUCAAAGUGCUGCAGAAAAAAAUUGUUCUUAAUAGGAAAGAGCAAAAACAUAUUAUGGCUGAACGUAAUGUGCUUUUGAAAAAUGUGAAACAUCCAUUUUUGGUUGGAUUACAUUACUCAUUCCAAACAACGGAAAAGCUUUACUUUGUCUUGGAUUUCGUUAAUGGAGGAGAGCUGUUCUUUCACUUACAAAGAGAACGUUCCUUUCCUGAGCACAGAGCCAGAUUUUAUGCUGCUGAAAUAGCUAGUGCACUGGGCUACUUACACUCCAUUAAUAUAGUGUACAGGGAUUUAAAACCAGAAAACAUUCUCCUAGAUUCACUGGGCCAUGUUGUGUUGACAGACUUUGGACUUUGUAAAGAAGGGAUUGCAAGUUCUGAUACCACUGCAACUUUCUGUGGGACACCAGAAUAUCUUGCACCAGAAGUCAUUAAAAAGCAGCCCUAUGACAACACAGUAGACUGGUGGUGCCUUGGUGCAGUUCUUUAUGAAAUGCUUUAUGGGCUGCCUCCUUUUUACUGCCGUGAUGUUGCUGAGAUGUACGAGAAUAUUCUUCAUAAACCCCUAGUACUGCGCCCAGGAAUUAGUCUCACAGCCUGGUCUAUUCUGGAAGAACUUUUGGAGAAAGAUCGGCAAUGCAGACUUGGAGCAAGGGAAGAUUUUCUUGAAAUUCAAAAGCACCCGUUCUUUGAAUCUCUCAGCUGGACUGAUCUUCUUCAGAAGAAGAUUCCACCACCAUUUAAUCCUAAUGUGGUUGGACCAGAUGAUAUUGGGAAUUUUGAUGCAGUGUUCACAGAAGAAAUGGUCCCAUAUUCAGUUUGUGUUUCUUCAGAUUACAACAUUGUUAAUGCCAGUGUCCUAGAGGCGGAUGAUGCAUUUGUUGGAUUUUCUUACGCACCACCUUCUGAAGAUAUGUUUUCCUAGGAAGUUAGAAGCCAACAGUGUGUUGGAAGUCUUGGAGUGAACUGAAGUCUUAGGGUUAUGGACACAUUCCAGAACAGCGUAAUUCCAGAACUAGUGCCUAGUUUUGUAUGUAGGUUUGAAACCUAUGAACAAACUGUCUCUGCUGUAUAGGAGGAAUUUGGGCAUUUUGGAUGGCUUUCUUUGGGAUGUAACUGUUUGUUCCUGCUGCAGAAAAUAUUUUUUAAAAUCUUUAAAAAGCGCUCUCUACAUAUUUUUAAGCAAAAACACUGACUGUUCUCCUCAGUCCCUUCAAGUUUACAUUCAUACCUAUCUAAGAUUUAACUGGCACAAACAGCAGCAAAUUUAGUAAAUUUAUAAAUGCUUUUGUACUAUUUACAGUGACUUUGUGCUUGAAUUGUAACUAUGCAAAUUGUCUUUUGUAUAUCCUGGUUUAAAAAAGGUAAAUGUUUUCCCUGUUAUAUCAGUUUGAAAUAUACAUUAAUUUACCUGUUAGCACUUAAAUGAGAGGUUAAUAUAAAUUAAGACCAAGAUUCUUAAAAGACUUCUGCAGACUGACAAGUUGGUCAUAUGAAACUGGAUUGUUGCUCUUGCACUUGCUGCAGCACCUGUUUGUUCAACUGUAUUGUGUGCGGUAUGGGGGAUUACUCAAAGCAAGGAUGGAACAAAUCAACUGGAUCAGUUUGGUAACAUUAUUGAUCAUGUGUUCUGCUUUUCUUUCCUCCCUGAGCUAAACACAUCUAUAUUUCAACUGCAUUAAAAAUGGUUUUGGUUAAAACUCUGCUUUUCCAAAGAUAUAAUAUGCAAUAAUCACUGUUCCUUUAAAAGGCUCUCUUGCUUUAACCUUUUGGGGUGGGUGGUGAGGGGAUCAUGCCAAAUACUUAGAGGUUUUUCUCACGGAUUUAUAGUUUGAAACACUGUUAUGUUCCAGACUGGUUGUCAACAGUUUGUCAACAUUCAUAGCUACUUGUCUUUGUGUUCCAGUUUGCACCAUUUUUAAAUCUUCACUUGGUAUUGGGGGGGGGGGGGGGGGCGGGGAAGUGUAAAUUACGCUGAUAAUUUUUAAAAUGUGAAAAGCUGUUGUAUUUCUCAAACAUACAUGUGUAUGGACAAACUGAUAACUGAACAAUUUCUGUUUAAGGAAAUAUUUUUAAACAAUGCAAAAAAAGACUGCAGUUAGUAUAUAAAGGCCUAUCAUGGUAGUAGUUUUAUUAUAUAACUUGUAAAUAACAACUUAUUUUUGUCUGUUA